AUGUCGUUCUCGUCAGCGUCCCCCCAGCAGCAGCUGAACCUCUCCCCCGCCGCUAGCGACAAUUCCCCGAAGGCUUCACAGCCCACCUCGACGAUCGAUGCUCGUCCCCCGGCCCUGGAACAUUCCAGCUCGCGGAGCUGUGUGACCUGCCGCCGUCGGAAGGUCCGGUGUAACAAACGAUCGCCAUGCUCGAAUUGCGUCAAGGCUGGCAUCGACUGCAUCUUCCCCCCGCCUGGCCGAGCCCCACGGAAAGCCAAACGACCCCCGGACGUGGAGUUGCUUUCACGACUGCGUCGCCUGGAAGGUGUGAUUGAACAUCUGAGUGGUAAUGGGACAACUGCAGAUGCCAUCGCGAACGGCUCCGCUGCCCAGGAGGGUGCGCCGUCGUCGACCAUUCCGUCUACUACUCCAACCGACUGGCCUGCUGCUGCUCCCGCCACCGUGAGCGCGCCCCCUCAGUCUCAAGCCCAACAGAGUGGGUGCCCUUUUGAAACCGAUCCCAAAAAGAUUUCAGCGGGUAAAUUUGAAAAUGAAUUUGGAAGGCUUGUCAUCGAUGAGGGAAGGAGUCGAUAUGUUAACAAUCGACUCUGGGCCAGUCUAGGUGACGAGAUCGAGGAACUUCAAGAUAUUCUAGACCACUCCUCGUCGGAGGAAGAGGAUACCGCAUCCCCUGAGUCGUCGACUUCGGGUCAUGAGGGGUUUUUAUUCGGCUUCUACUCGCUUUCACACUCUCUUCGCGAACACCACCCUCCUCUGCCCAAAGUGUCAGUACUAUGGGAAGCCUACAACGAAAACGUCGCUCCCUUGAUUGUCAUCGUACACAGGCCGACUGCACGCAAUCUGUUUGUCGAGGCGGCACAGCACCCGGAGACUCUGGACAAGAAUUCGGAGGCGUUGGUAUUUGCCAUGUAUCUGUCUGCCAUAGUCAGCAUGACUCCUGCACAAUGCAUGAACAAAUUCGGGGAGGACCGCGAGAUUGCCGUCAAGCGGUACCGGUUUGCCGUCGAGCAGGCGUUGGCAAAGGCGAAUUUCCUCAAUACCCAAAGUUUGGUUCUCUUGCAAGCUGCUGUUCUUUUCUUGAUUGCUGUCCGACGAGAGGACGACAGCAAGUUCGUCUGGUCCAUGACCUCCAUCGUGCUCCGCCUUGCCCAGAGCCUGGGGAUACACCGCGACGGCACGAAUUUCGCUCUCAAGCCGUUCGAGACGGAAGUACGCCGACGUCUGUGGUGGCACCUUGUCCUGAUGGAUUCCCGGUCGUCUGAAGAUCAUGGCACUGACCCACUGAUUCAUGAAAGCAUGUCUGAUACCCGGCUGCCGUUGAACGUUAAUGACGACGAGCUUUCUCCUGACAUGGUCAAUCCACCCGAAGAGCGAGAGGGUUGCACCGACGUGACAUUCCUUCUCAUCCGCUGUGAGAUUAUUGGGGCUCUACGGCGGGCAAAUUAUGUCUGCCCCGGUAGCAAAUUCCGCAUGGGUGGAGACGCCCCGUCCAUCAAUCGCUGCGAACGGAUGAUACAGAUCAUCAAUGACCGUGUCGAAGAACGGUAUAUCAAGCAAUGCGACAUGAAUGUGCCUAUUCACUGGGCUUCUGCAACGGUUGGACGCCUCAUUCUCGCGAAGCUGUGGCUCAUCGUUCAUCACCCAAUGACGCGGAAAGACCGCGUCACCAACGUGUCCCAAGCUACUCGUGAAAGCCUAUUUAUUACUGCGAUUGAGGUCCUUGAAUUUGGCCGUCUCCUUGAAUCCAACGAGAAGACCGCCAAGUGGAGUUGGCUGUUCCGAACCAACAUGCAAUGGCACGGAAUAGCUUUCGUGCUCUCCGAGGUCUGUGUUCGCCCAAUCUGCCCCCUCACCGACCGAGCCUGGAACGCCAUCACGUCGCUGUACUCGGACUGGGAAGAGCAUACAAAGCAUAAGAAGAGCAUGCUCUGGCGGCCAAUGGCAGCCCUAAUGAAGCGGGCUGCAGCAACCAGAGUCAAGCACCAGGAGGAACUGCGUGCCCAGUUCGGCUUCGCCCCAUCCGUCACCACCACGACCAGUAGUGCCCCAAGUGCGUUCUGCGAGCACCCUCUUCCUCGCAUCCAUAUGCCCGUCAGCCCGCCUACCCCGAUAUCUACGACUCAGACCGUUCCACCACCGGUGCCCGAUAACUCACUGAAUGUUGAUCUCAGUGGUGGGCCAUGGGAGGCUCUGCAACAUAUCUUCCCGAACACAAAUAUCCUAGCUACCCCCAGCGUCUUCGAAGUCCCUCCGCCUCAGGAUCCCAUUUCUGCGGCAAAUGUGCCCACACCGCUGCCGUAUAUCAACACUGCCGUGGAUCCACUUAUGAGCCAGGAUACUGUGCCUGCCGAGACCCAGCUCAAUUGGGAGGAGUGGGAUCAGGUUAUGCGGGACUUCCAAAUGGAGAUUGACAAGUCUGGGUUUAACCCGUCGAUGGGGACUAAUGUGACUGAAUGGUUUGCAUGA